UCUGUGAAAAUGAUACAUCGCGUCACACGCCCUGAGGAAGUAGGUGAAGAGGAGAAGUUAAACCGGACAGGAGGAGGCACGUUCAGUGUUGAUUCGUAUCACACAGUAGAAUCCAUCAAAAAUGUCGGACUUGUGGGAAGACUUACAAAGUGUUGCGAAUGCUGCUCCUGCUGCAUUCACAGCAGCGCCAGGGGAGAGAGGCACCAUUAAAGCCAAAGCUAACUUCAAUGUCAGUGAAGAUGUUGCAGCUCUCCGUAAAGCAAUUGAAGGCAUAGGUACAACUGAGAAGACAUUGAUAGACAUACUGACUCACAGGAGCAGCAGUCAGAAGCAGGCUAUUUCAAAGGCAUAUGAAGAAACCACAAAUAGGAUUCUUGUAAAUGACUUGAAAGGCGACACUCAGGGCAACUUUGAAAAUCUGCUUGUUGCGCUCGCAAGACCGCCUGCAGUCAAUGAUGCUAAAUGGCUAAUUAAAGCAAUGAAAGGGACUGGGACAGACAACAGCAUCCUGAUAGAAACACUUGCCUCACGGACAAAUAAACAGAUCAAGGAACUGUCUGCCGCAUACGCUGAGGAAACAAAGAAAACGCUGAUACAGAACCUAAAGACAGAAGUUUCAGGGGAUUUUGGCAAAGCCAUCCUUCUGCUUGCUGAGGGUACGAGGGAUGAAAGCACCAAUGUGAAUGCAGACAAGGCUAGAGAGGAUGCAAAGGCUCUCUAUCAUGCAGGCGAGAAGAAACUGGGAACUGAUGAGUCCAAGUUCAUUGAGAUCCUCUGUAAAAGGAGCAUCCCUCACCUGAGACAAACAAUACUGGAAUAUAAAAACAUCAGUGGCAAGACUUUGCAGAAGAGCAUUGAGAAGGAAAUGUCUGGAAACUUGGAGGAACUGCUGGUUGACAUUGUAAAGUGUGUGAUGAGUACUUCUGCAUACUUUGCUGAAAAAGUCUACAAAAGCAUGAAGGGAGCAGGUACAGAUGAAACCACUCUGACCAGAGUAAUGGUCAGCCGUGGAGAGAUUGACAUGCUGGACAUCAGAGCUGAAUUCAAGAAGCUCUAUCAGAAUUCACUCUUCAAGGAAAUAAGUUCUGAUGUGUCUGGCAACUACGGUGAUUGCUUGAAUGUGAUUUGUGGAGGAGAAGACUAACCCAGAAAUGCUACUAAAGAUGUCUUGUUUAGUUAUUUUGCGGUGGGUCAAUCCGAUGUCUGCUAAAUGAAUAAAUGUAAAUGUAAUAGAUUUUUUAAAGCUAAAUUACUAAAUUACUCAUAAGGCUUUAAUGGCAAGUAAAAAAACUAAUAGACAACAUGAUUUAGAAAAUUUCAAUGUUGCAAUUCUGAUAAAUCAGUAUCAGCUAUGAAUAUUCCUGCAUUUCAAUUAGUUUAUUCAAAUGAAAAAUAUAUUUCAGCAUAUUACCUUUUUGUCAUUUUGUCCUUCAGAUAUUAUGUGGAUCAGCAAAGUGUUUUUACAUGUUGUCUGGGCAAAAUAAUAUAGUAAAAAUCCACUUAUUGAUUUCUUAAUCAUUGGCUUAAAUGUCAAUCUGUUCUUUCCAUGUCUGUUUCUGCCUCUGUCAUUUAAUUGAAUUUACCUGCCGCACUUUAAUGAUCUCAGUAUUGAUGGCAGUUUGCCAGAUGUAAAUGUGAUUAAGAAAAACGUACUGAGUCUGUGAGACUCCAGUAGCCUUUUUGCUUUAAUUUUCACCUUCUAAAAAGCCUUUACUCUGUCCAUAUGGUUCCUGCUUGAGCUGUUUAUUCUGACCUUUACCCCCUUUAAUUGCACAUUUUAGAUUAAAUUGUAGCCAGA